GCCGCCGCCGUUGGCCCGCGACGUCACUUCCGGCGGACGAGCUGGCGGCCAGGCAGCCGCGCUCGAGCAAAAAAAACACACAAGCGGCGCAAAAAUAACUCGAUGCGAACCGCCCGCCUCGCAAAAAACCAAGCAGCUCCCCGCCGGGACACGACUGUGGAAACCAAAUAACCGUACCCGGGUUUUAAUUGUGUCUCGGAUCGGCUAAAGAAGGAGAAAGAUGUCGGCGCAGGCCCAAAUGCGAGCCAUGCUCGACCAGCUGAUGGGCACGUCCCGGGACGUGAGUGCUGAAGACAUCGGGGGGAAAUGGCUUGGAGAAGCGUUACCAACGGUAUGAGGGAACUAAUUUAACACACACACAGCUGAAGUGGUUCAGUGUAUCUUUGCCUGCCUACUUCAGUCUGCAAGGGAGUUACAGAAACACCCCACGUUCAUCGAGCCGAGAUGCCAGUCGGCAGAGAAUCAGAUUUACAGACGAUCGAGUCUGCAAGAGUCAUCUCCUGAACUGCUGCCCACACGACAUUCUUUCUGGAACGCGAAUGGACCUUGGAGAAUGCACAAAGGUUCAUGACCUUGCACUAAGAGCGGACUAUGAAAUUGCCUCCAAGUUGAAGGACCACUUUUUUGAAAUGGAUGCGAUGGAUCACUUGCAGUCAUUUAUCACAGACUGCGACAGAAGAACCGAAAUUGCAAAGAAACGGUUGGCAGAAACCCAAGAAGAGAUCAGUGCAGAGGUGGCAGCAAAGGCUGAGCGAGUUCACGAACUAAACGAGGAAAUUGGAAAACUGCUAGCCAAGGCAGAACAGUUGGGAGCUGAAGGAAAUGUUGAAGAAUCCCAAAAAGUAAUGGAAGAAGUUGAGAAAGCAAGAGCAAAGAAGAGGGAAGCUGAGGGGGACACCAUUGCCUCUCCUUCCUCCAGUGCAUUUUGGGAGGUUUAUCGGAAUUCCAUGCCAGCCUCCAGUUUCCAGCAGCAGAAACUGCGGGUCUGUGAAGUGUGCUCAGCAUACUUGGGUCUUCACGACAAUGAUCGACGCCUUGCCGACCACUUUGGUGGGAAACUUCACCUCGGAUUCAUUGAAAUUAGAGAGAAGCUGGAAGAGUUACAGAAACUUGUCGCUGAGAAACAGGAAAAAAGGACACAGGAGCGUCUGAAAAGAAGAGAGGAGAGGGAAAAAGAGGAACGGAUGAAAAGAAAGACCCGGUCUCGCAGCAGGGAACGGAAGAGAUCAAGAUCACGGGAGCGUCGCCGACAUCGAUCCAGGUCUGCUUCCCAUGAUCGACGCAAGCGUUCCCGCUCCAGAUCAAGGGAUCGACGUCGCCGACGCAGGUCUCGUUCCAGAAGUAGAAGCAGAAGUCGUAGUCACCACCGCAGCAGGCAUAGCUCCAAGGAUAAGGAGAGGGAUCGGAGCAGAGAAAAAAGUACUAAAAGGAAGUCUAAAGACCGAGACAGAUCCAGAGAUCGGGACAGAGAUAAAUCGAGGGAGCAAGAUCGCAAGGAGAAAAAGCGUUCCUAUGAGAGUGCUAAUGGCAAAUCGGAACACAGCUCCGAGGAGCGUGAAGCAGGAGAAAUCUAAAGGACAAAACAUUUUUGGAAUCAGGGCAGUGGAUGUCUUAUUGUUUAACUUGACUAGCGGAGCUCUUGUUUUGGUUUUGGACUUAGAGAAAAAAAUUCCAGCGGCUAGGUGACUGAUAACUUAAAAGAAUAGAUAGUUGAAGAUGUUGAAAACAGACAUUUUGUCAGUUUAACCAGCUGGUUUUGAAGGCAGCAGCUGGAGAUGCCUAGAGUGUACAACGUGCAUGCACUCGUGCUGUUAUGCCACUAACAUUAGGGUUCCUCCUUUCAUUUGCACUAAGGUGCUAUUUCAUUUUGAAUAUUGAGUUAUUUGUUAGUUUCCUUUUUUUUUUUAAUGUGGAAUCUGAAAUCCACAGUAAAUGUUAGUUGAACCAGAAUAUGAGUGGUUCUUGAGGGGCAGUAAGUGUUUAGUUGUUUAAGCAGCUUCAUUUGAGAUUAUUGUCAGAUGCAUUGGCUUGCAGUCUCUGAAUCUUCUGCGCCCUCCCCUCCCCAACCACUUCUCCCCAUGCCUGAAAUAUGCGUGCUGUAAAAUUAUCAUCAUAAAAUUGUAACAAUCAUCAUUUCACAGACAAUAUUUUUGGACGGGUAUCUGUUUGCUGGUGAUUGCGAAUCUGUAGUAACAUGAAGGACUUUUUUUCUCACCAAUUACUUUUCGUGUAUCUAAAUGAACCACUUCUGCCACACCAUUUCCCUUGAGGUUAAAAUCUUGGCGAUGUUUAACAUUACUUUGAUAGAAUAUUGAUUUUUUUAAAUGUUUUUUUCCCCCAACCGUGAAAUAAUCUUGAUUUUUGUUUUCCACAGAUACCCCAAUGACUUGACUAGUGUUUUGUUUUUAAUUAACUUGGAAAGUGGAACCAUUUACUGCCCAUUUCUUACAAAAACUACCAAUUAAGAUGAGAAAUGUAACUGCUACAAUUUUAGCGUAUUUCUUCAUUCCGUUGCUACCAGUCCUACCUCCACACCAAGUCCAUUUUAAGAAAACCUUAUUUUAGGAGAGUGCUCCCCUUUAAGUGCUCUAGAAAUGCACAGAGAUAACCUUUUGUUUUUGGGAGGGGGCAGAAAAAGAUCCCAAAUUUCCGAGAUUUUGUAAUCUGUCCUAAUGUGUACUUUUUAAUAUAAUUAAGAAGUGUUGGUUUUAUUCUUGCAAUUGCAGUAGAAGUUCCGGAAGGAAUGGUCCAAUAUUGGAGUUGAUGAGUUUUGUGAUUUCAAUCGCUUUUCAGGAUUCUGCAUGCUAAAUACAUGCUGAAAAUACAAUUUCCCAAAAAAGACCUUUCUAGCUUUGUGUGCACGUGAUCCUCAUUAACCUUAGCAUGUCUUCAGAUUACUUCUGGAACACAGUCAACAUAACUGUUUUUUUUUGGAUUGAUACUUGUGAACUUUUUUGAGUGAAAUCAUGCCCAUAAAAUAGUUUUUAGUGUUUAUUAUUCAAAAAAAAAGAUUGAUUGUUUGCUCAAAACAACAGAACUUUCCAACCAUUAAAAUAUUAAGGAGUAUUUAGUUGGAUUUAAGGGAACCCUUUCUUUUCCACACGCUUGUGGCAUAAAUGGCACACUCCACGCAGCUGCAGCCAUUGUAUACAGUGUGCUCUGGGGUGUCACAGUCCUAAAAUAUACCAAUGUAUUCCAUGAAGGCUAUAUUGCUUGUUUUGUUCGUCAGUUGUGGUUAUCCCACAAUUGCUGUUCCUUUUUUAAAAAGAGGCGGUCUGGUUUAACUUAAACCAACUUCUGUGCUAUAAGAAUAACCAGUGUGAUGUUCCUUACUAUUAUAUUUCUGCACUGGAAACUUAAGUUACAAGAUGUCACACUGCUGCCCCUGCCACCCACCCCCACCAUUCAUUUAGUUUGUGUCUCAUUUGGUCAGUCAGUUUCCCGAGUUUACAAUUUGUUUUGACACCCAAACAACAAGGUUUUAUUUUAUCCCCCUGUAUUUUCUUUCCCCCCCCCCCUCCAUGACAUGUCUAUACUUGUAUUGUUAAUUGAAAAACAAUUGAAAUAAUUUUUUCCAAAACCAUUUAAGAUUUACAAACAGUUUAAGUUUUCCUGUAUUGUAUAAAGAUGUGAUGAAUACUUGUUUGCUACUUUGCAAAUAAAACAAACCGAUAUUAUGUCUU